GAGGGGCUGGUAGAUGCAGAAACUGUAGACACAAUAAUUGCAAUGAAGCUUUUCUAUUUCUUGAUCACUGCCCUGCUGCUAGGUACAGCUGCCUCCCUCCCUGUAGCACCCAAGGGAGACCCUGUCAAAGCCAUCCAGGGCCUUGUGGGGAGAAUCUUGAGUCAAGAAUGGGUGGACAAGUUCAGCUAUGAGGUCAUACCAGCCACCUCUGAUGGAUUUGAUGUGUUUGAGGUUGAUACAGACGACAAAACAAAAAGACCUGUUUUUCGCGGUAACAAUGGAGUUGCUUUAGCGGCUGCUUUCAACUAUUAUCUCAAGUACUACUGCUAUUGCUCUGUUAGUUGGGGUCUCAACGGUACAGGGGACCAGUUAAAGUUGCCCAGCACACUACCACUACCCAGCGAGGGAAAAAGAGUCAUAUUCCCCAACCGAUACAGGUACUACCAAAAUGUGUGUACAGUGUCGUACUCGAUGGCCUGGUGGGAUUGGAACAGAUGGGAGAGGGAGAUAGACUGGAUGGCCAUGAACGGACUCAACCUUAUCCUCUCGUUUACUGGACAAGAAUUUGUCUGGAAAAUCUUCUACUCUUCACUCGGAUUAACUGAUGAUGAAAUGAGUAAUUUUUUUUCUGGGCCUGCUUUUCUUGCUUGGCAGCGAAUGGGCAAUAUUCACGGUUGGGCUGGACCUCUGGAUGAUGAUUGGGUGACAGAACAGGCUAUACUACAGAAGCAGAUUGUCGUGCAGAUACGAAUGUUUGGGAUGAUUAAUGUUUUGCCUGGAUUCGCAGGUCACGUACCAAAAGGACUGAAGAGGUUAUACCCUAAUGCUAACUACACUCAAUCAGCACAGUGGAUUACCUUUGGACCUGAAUAUUCUGAAGACUAUCUUCUUGAACCGACGGAUCCUCUGUUCGUUAAACUAGGAAAUAAGUUUUAUGAUAUCCUUAUCUCUCAGUAUGGGACUGAUCAUGUUUACAACGCUGAUACUUAUAAUGAAAUGGAACCUUCCAAUACUGACUUGAAUUUCCUCAAGGAAUCGAAUGCAGCAAUCUAUAAUGCUAUGAAAAAGUCUGACCCCAAUGCUACGUACCUGAUGCAAGGGUGGCUGUUUAGAGAUGGACGUUUUUGGACGAAUGAAAGAAUCAAAGCCUACCUAUCAGGAGUGCCCAAUGACGAUAUGAUCAUUCUGGACCUUAGCAGCGAACAAGCUCCUGUUUGGUCCAACACGCAAUCAUUUUUCGGUAAACCAUUCAUUUGGUGUAUGCUCCACAACUAUGGUGGCAUUAGAGGUAUCUAUGGCAACCUAACAACUAUCGGCAAUGAUCCUAUUGAUGCUCGACUAACGAAUGGUAGCACUAUGGUCGGUGUUGGAAUGACCCCUGAAGCUAUAGAGCACAACCCCAUCAUGUAUGAUUUAAUGGGAGAGAUGAGCUGGAGGAGCGAAAAGGUGGAGGCGGUUAUGCCCUGGGUGGAGGACUACGCCAGGAGACGCUACGGGACCAUGACAGACAACAUACGUAAUGCAUGGACACUACUCUUAAAUGGAGCCUACCAAUUCCAUUGGUCUGGCCAAAUCAAAUCACUACUUGUUCGCCACCCUGAAUUUAACAUGGCCUUUGACAAGCGAUUCGCAACAUACAAUAUAGCCACAGCUUGGAGCUACCUGGUUACAGACGCUGUGAACGGUAACGACCCGGAAGUUGGACCUCUGCUGUACGACAUUGUUGAUAUUGGUCGACAAGUAAUUGUCAAUACGUUUGCUGAUGUCUACACAAUUUACACAAAUGCUUACUCUGCUUACAUGAUCAAGAAGGACAGUAAUGUCUACACUGCAAUGAAAGACCUCGCAAAGUCAUGGACGACAAUGUUCGAAGAUUUAGAUAUGCUUCUCGGCUCUAAUGCUAACUUCUUACUCGGUACUUGGAUCGAUGACGCUCGUACGUCAGCCCAGCCAGGAUCCUCCUCAUCUGCUGUGGACAAAAUUGAAUAUAACGCUCGGAACCAAAUCACAAUGUGGGGACCCAUCGAGAACAUUGAGGAUUACGCUGCUAAGGAGUGGUCAGGCUUAGUGAGCAGCUACUAUGCACAGCGAUGGAAGCUCUUUAUAAACACGAUUGAUGAAUCGAUUAUGAACGAUAAGGCUUUCAACAAAAUUGCUUAUGAGAGCAUGUUGUUUACUUUCGAGAAGAACUGGGGGGAAAAGAUUGAAGCAUACCCCACCACCCCUACCGGAGAUACAAUAGAAUUGUCUAAUAAACUAAUGCAAAAGUACUAUCACAAUAUGGACUAUGUAAAUGCGAAGUAUAUGUCGAAAAUGGAUGCCGAUAUACCGAGUGACGAUCUUUACGGGGGUACUGUGAACUUGUGGGCUAAUACCACUGAACAGUACGUGGUGUUGUGUGAGAUGAAUCCCAGCUGUGUGGGUUUCAGUUUCAGUUAUGUCAACAAGAAUCCCAAGAUGGUGUCCUUCAAGACCAAAGCCAGUGGAAUGACUGUUGAAAAGGGACGAAUGCUCUAUGUGAAACAAUAACUAUUACGACUAUGCAUGCACUUAUUGUAAGCAUAAACAUGCAUAUGAUCAUGAUAGGUAUAACCCGUAAUACUUUCUAACUUGCAUUUCUUUUUUGUGUUUGGCUUGUACAUGUCUUGAUUUAAAAUUUGUAUUACAUGUAAA